CGUGAUGCUCGACUGGGAGCAGUUACCGAAUAAGAAAUUUCCGAUGAUCUUCCACGCAGUGUACGGUAAAGACGAGAGGGAAGAAUAUAGUCCUUCAUUCUUUAACAUUCCUGAGGUAGACACUAUAGAGCGCUACCUGAAGAUGCUACUCGAUGACAAUGUGAGGAGCAGACGAUUGAAACACUUGAAACCAGAGAUGAUUGGCAUCAUUUCUCCUUACAAGAGACAAGUUCAGAAGAUUCAGAAGAUGAUUGAAAAGAGACGGUUCGGUGCUGGGAUUAAAGUUGGCAGCGUGGAAGAGUUUCAGGGACAGGAAAGAAGAGUGAUUAUCUUGUCAACUGUUCGAAGCACUAACAAAGAGUAUCUGGAUAUGGACAGAGAUUUUCAUCUUGGAUUUUUAGAUAACCCGAAGAGAUUCAAUGUGGCCAUUACUCGUGCCCAGGCUCUCUUGAUCUUAAUAGGGAACCCAGACAUGCUUUGCAUGGACACCAACUGGACAAGGUUAGCCGUAGACGUUUUCCUUCAAUCCUAACUGAGUAUAUCUUUGCGAUAAAAUUCUGAGAAUGAGGCAUACUUGAUUACUUUGAUUGGUACAUUUGACGACUGUAAAAAUCGCUCAGCAGGUUUAUUUUUAUCGUUAGGUUUAUCUUUAACUGUUUUUCUACAACUUAACGAUUAUGGCACAGAAAUUAUAAUUCCCUUUCUACUCCGGAACUUUACAAUAUAACAUCAACAUAAUGCUAUUACUAUGCACGUUGACCAGAAGCAACAACAGAUCUUAACU